UUAGUGAGGGAAAGUGCGUAUUAAAGAGACUCGUGGAGGCGUGGCUCAUGCGAUGCGUGGAGGACUGGUGACACAGCGGAAAUGGCGAGUUCAUGUUACUCUUCUUCAUCCUUCAAAUGGCGGAUCGUAACGCUUCUCUGCUGCUAUAAACCCUAACCGUUUUGAUUCUAUUACACUUGCUGUAUUUUGUUGUUCUUCAACACACCCGAGAGAUCUCGUCUUUCGAUUCUGUGCAUAUUCAGGAAUGGCGGAGGUGGCGAAACUGCUGUAUAUAGUUGUGGUGGACGAGGAGGAGAAGAACGAGAAAGGGAAAGAGUCGUUCCGAUAUACGCGUCCGGUUUUGCAGAGCACUCUUCAGCUCAUGGGAUGUAAAGCGCGUCACGCUUUCAAGAUUAGCCAAAGGGUUUUUGAGCUGAUGAGAAGUGAACCUUCAAGUGAUGCUCUACUUCCAAAAGAAGUGGUGGAAAUUGGGGUUGAUGUUUCAAAAGGAAAUGGGUGGAAGGAUUAUGGAAGCAGGAGCCAAUCAUUCGAAUUGUACAAAAGGCGUACAACUGUAAUUGUUAGAAGAGAAACUUUCUUAAAUGUUGUUUGCGAUUCUCUGACUGAAUACAAGUAUGUGGGUCCUAACCAGAGGGCAGACUUGGUUUUGGCAUGCAGAAUUCGAGAAAGAAAGGAAUCUGUAACUGUGUUGUUGUGUGGCACCAGUGGAUGUGGCAAAUCUACUUUGUCUGCAUUGCUGGGUAGCAGAUUAGGAGUUACCACGGUAAUAUCGACUGACUCUAUUCGGCACAUGAUGAGGAGUUUUGUUGAUGAGAAGCAAAAUCCUCUGCUCUGGGCUUCAACAUACCAUGCAGGGGAGUUUUUGGAUCCAAAGGCAGUUGCUGAAGCAAAGGCUAAAAAAAGGGCAAAAAAAUUGGCUGGCAUUGCAAACUCACAUCCCAAGGAUGAAAUAUCUGAUGGUUCGUCCAUGAUGAAAUCUGAUGGUCAAGCACUGGAUAUGGGUUCUGGUGGUACAGAAUAUAUUAGUCCUAAACAAAUGGCAGUUGAAGGAUUCAAGGCACAAAGUGAGAUGGUGAUUGACAGUCUUGAUCGUCUAAUAACUGCGUGGGAAGAGAGGAAAGAAUCAGUGGUUGUUGAGGGUGUUCAUUUAAGCCUUAAUUUUGUGAUGGGGCUUAUGAAGAAACAUCCUUCAAUCAUACCAUUCAUGAUAUAUAUUACGAAUGAAGACAAACACUUGGAACGAUUUGCUGUUCGUGCAAAGUAUAUGACAUUGGACCCAGCUAAAAACAAAUAUGUGAAAUACAUUCGAAAUAUCAGAACAAUCCAAGAUUAUCUUUGCAAACGGGCUGAUAAACAUCUCGUCCCCAAAAUCAAUAACACAAAUGUUGACAAGAGUGUAGCAGCCAUCCAUGCAACGGUUUUCAGCUGCCUUCGCAGGCGUGAGGCAGGGGAGCCACUUUAUGAUCCUGCCACAAAUACAGUCGCUGUUGUUGAUGAGGAGUACAGGAACCAGUGUGCUGCCAAUUCGAUGAGCUCUAAAGGAAUGUUUCAACUUAUCCAGAGGAAAGGUUCUUCUAGGCAUUUGAUGGCUCUUGUUAAUACUGAUGGGUCUGUGGCAAAGGCAUGGCCUGUUGAUUCUGUGGAUAGUAGUGGGAAGCCUGUGUUGGGUUAUGGAACUGACAAUGGAAUAGGGAUCCCUAUGUAUGGUCCUCUGCAGAUUGGUAAGUCUGAACCAGUUAAUCUUCAGUUUGGCCACUUUGGAAUCAGUGCUUGGCCCAGUGAUGGUGGUACUAGUCAUGCUGGAAGUGUUGAUGAGUCGAGGGCUGAUUGGACUGAUACUGGAAGUAGAUACCACUCUUCUUGUUGUAGCUCUCCUCGGAUGUCUGAUGGACCUGCCAAGGAGCUCAAGGAGGAACAUUCAGUGCAUGGCAGUGAUGAAGAAGUAGAUGAUCCACCAGAGGUGGACAGUGAUGAGGAUUAUAGUGAUGAUGGUGAUAAACAUGUCCAAGAAGAGAUUGGCUCAGUUGAUGAGGAGUCCACAAAAUCUGAUGAAGAGUAUGAUGAUCUAGCAAUGCAGGAUGUACUAGAGAAUGGGUAUUGGUCAGGCGAUGAGUCAAAAGAGAAGGUGUCAAGCCCCUUGCAAGGAAAUAAGUAUAUGCAGAACCGGUUCCUUAGAUCUAGAAGUGAACCACUGGGUGAGCCAUUAUGCCCGUACUCUUCUCUGCUUGUGGAAAAGGGUGGAAGAAUAUUGUCCAACUCUGGCAGCAUCAAAAUGAGAAAACGCUCCCUGAGCAUUCCAGCCACAGGAAAACGUGGGGUUAGUGGCCCAAUUCUCUCUGGAACUCCACAGAGGUAGUAUAUCAAUUUUGUGCCAACUUGGGGUUUUCUCACCCAUUUUCCUUUUUUUUUUCCCCCUCCUAACUUCUAGUUGAGAGUUAUGUGGCGAUUUACCCAUCCUUGUUUAGCACGGUACAGUUGUAUGACUUGGAAUGUCUUUAUUUUUUUAUGUUUUAAUUUUUUGUGUAAGCAAUCAAGCAAAAUGCAAAUGUUAUUGAAAUUGAUUGUAAGAUGGAAAUGUUUUUCCCAUAAAGCCAUUACCUUCUUACU